GCCGGAGCCCGAGCCGCGGGGCGGGCGCGAAGAUGCACACGACGCAGAAGGACACGACGUACACCAAGAUCUUCGUCGGGGGGCUGCCCUACCACACCACCGACGCCAGCCUGCGCAAGUACUUCGAGGUCUUCGGCGAGAUCGAGGAGGCGGUGGUCAUCACCGACCGGCAGACCGGCAAGUCCCGGGGCUACGGAUUUGUCACCAUGGCUGACAGGGCUGCUGCGGAAAGGGCCUGCAAGGAUCCCAACCCCAUCAUUGACGGCAGGAAGGCCAAUGUGAAUCUGGCAUACUUAGGAGCAAAGCCAAGGAUCAUGCAACCAGGUUUUGCCUUUGGUGUUCAACAACUUCAUCCGGCCCUUAUACAAAGACCUUUUGGGGCUCGUAUACAGUUAAGCUAACUGAUCAGAAGGAUACGAUGCUAAAAGGAUCCCUGCGCACUAUGUCUACCCGCAGGCCUUCGUGCAGCCGGGCGUGGUCAUCCCCCACGUGCAGCCC